CAAUCUCAACCAAAAUUAACCCUCGUUUCUAAUCGAAUCUAUUUUUUUGCACAACUUUUGAAAUCAAUGCAGUCGAUAAGGUAGAUCACGACUUUUGUACCGACGCUAUCUUAAUUGGAUAAAAUCUCGACAGAUGUCAAGAAGAAUUUCUAGAGAUCUACCUUGUCGACAAAUUACGAAUGCGUCGAUAAUUCUAAAAUCAUCCAGAAGAGUGCGUUCGAUUUGUUGUUGUCCUUGUCACUCUCACAGGAUAUUAACCGACUGUUUAAAGACCCAAGUGUAACCCCCUUGUCACGUUCAUUCUCUCUCUCUCAUUCUCCUGACACACUCACACUCUCACUGUUUCUCUCUUUUUCUCUCUCUCUAUCUCUAUCUCUAUCCCUCUCACACUCCGUGGAAGUUCUGCUGGUUCGCAUUGACCGCGACAGAAACGUUGGUUGUUCAUCGUCGUCGUCGUCGUCGUCGUCGUAGUUGCGCUCUUCGCGAUCUCCUUUGCGGAAGGUGCAUGCGUGCGCGCGCGCGCACAACCAUACGUAUAGGUGGUAGUAAUAGGUCCUCCUUCCUCGUAUUAAAUAGAGCCUCCUCGAUAUGGAAAAUGAUCGGACGAGGAUACGAUACAUCGUGCUAUUACAAAUUCGGUCUACCGAACAAAGUGAAUUUAUCAAAAAGUUAUCAUAAACAACAACAACAACAACAACAAGCUCGUCGGGAAGAAGAAGAAGAAGGAGAAGAAGAUAAAAAAAAAAAAGAGAGAAUAAGAAGAGGAGCAAAAGGAGCAAAAGGAGAUAGUGGUGGUGGUAAUACUUGUUUGGUGGUGGUGGUUGUGAUUGUGGUGUAGUGGUGGUGGUAGUGGUGGUGUCAUCGUAGUUCAGGAUGAGCUCUUCUCAGCAAGAAAAUGCUACUACCAUCGUCUGCAGGGAGGUUUUCGACGAAACUUCUCAUCCCUCAAACGAAGAGGUACUGGAUUAUGCGAAAAGACUCGGAAUCGAUCCAGAUGCCGAAGCACAUUUACUUCCAUUGGCACGCGAAGGACUGAUGGCUGCCCUUCCAAAGGGAUGGAUACCUUGUUAUCACGAGGCAAGUGGUGCUUGGUAUUAUUAUCAAGCAUCCACCAGUACAACAACAUGGGAACAUCCUUUAGAUUCGGUUUAUAGGGAACUAGUUGAUCAAGUUAGGAGUGGUAACCGGCAAAUGAGUGUUGAGGAAGAUUCAAAGACAACGGCCAAAGAUUUGGAGUCACACGAGGAAGCGAGUUUGCCGAAAGAAUCAAACGUUUCUCGUGAAAAUACGUCGUCCACGUUGAGAACGAAGAUACCGACUAAAUUAGCUCCAUUGAAAAAAAUCGAUCGCAGUCAACAAGAUGUCAGGAAGAAAGAAGAUAGAAUACGUUCACGAAGAGAAAGCGAUACCAAAUCCGAUAUUAUUUCGUCAUUAUCAACUGAUCGUGCUGCCAGAGAUUACACGAAUCUUAAAUUUCAAGAUCCUAAUUUUUACGAGUGUCCAAAAUUAUUGGACCACAACAACGUUACCGUAGUGUCUGGUAGUACAGAAACGACAACACCAAUUACGACACCUAAAAAGGAAUUGGAUUUGAAGGAAGUAUUGAAAAGAUCCGAAUCGUUGAGUCCAAGACACGAAAAAGAUUGGGAACAAUUAUCGAGUAAAUUCAGUUCAGAAGAGAAUAUCAUUGAUAUUGAUAAAUUAAGUGCCAGUAAUUUGGCAAGAUCGGACAACAAUAAGUUUGAUCUUAAAUUUGACAAAGAAAAACAUCCAAGUCAAUUGGGCCAACAAAAGGAAUUAACGUUAAGCGGCGGUGGUUCGAUGUUUUUAAAAAGUAAUCGUAGCAGGGAUACUACACCUAGUCAGGACAGUGCUAAAUUAGAAGAUUUUCGCGUAGGUUUAGGUGCUGAUGUUGUUGUUCUACCGGACGCGCUCAAGUCGAUCUUGAGAGAAAAACAAUCGGAGGACGACGAGAGGCCAUUGGACGAGGAACGGAAAAGUGUACGAUUUGAUCUAGAAAAAGAAGUCGAUAUUAAAUUCACAUAUUCUGGAUCGGAAGAUGAAUGGGAUUCAGGAUCGGAAGAACAUAAUCUACCAAUAUCUAAUAAUACGACUAUUGUUGAUCGUCAAUCUGAUACUACGACGUCAUCAGUAUGGAAAGGAACACCCAAUCGUUCCUUUGACGAUGAUGAUAAAAAUGACGAGAUUGAUGAUGUUAAUAUUAAAAAGAGUACAUUGAUAACCAAAUUGCAACCAUUACCAAAGACUAGUAAAAUAGUUGGAAAGAGAUUCGUCGUAAGGAACGUUUCCGAAACUGAACAUCGAACACAAAUGAACGCUAACGAUACAACAACAACAACACCAACGACAACAACAUCAACAACAGCGACAAUAGCAACAACAACAACAACAACAACAACAAGUUCUGUUAUUGAAACUGAAAAUGACAAUGAAUGUACUACUACUACUACGAACAUACCUGAAAUGACUAAAAGUAAAUUUGACAAUAUUAAAAAUAUCGAUUUGAUAUCAAAAAGCGAAACAGAAUCGAGUAUUACGAAAAAUACUGAUACCAUUAACGUACCAGAUAAAACUUGGAAGACCACCGUCAGAUUACAUAAUAUCGGUAGCAGUGGUAAUUUAGAUCUUGCCAGAAUUGUAAAAGAAUUUGAAAGUUCUAAUCGUAAUAUUGGCAAAUCUAAAUUAGAACAUUCGAGAAGUUUGGAAGAUACGAAAAUAAAUUUAAGCAAGGAACACGAGGUUGAUUUAGAAAUGUUGAAGAAAGAAUUUGAAGAAAAAUUGGAACUAGCUAGGAAAGAAUUUGAAGAUAAUCUACGGAUAGAAAAGGAAGCACUUAGGCGUAAUUUUGAAGAAAAAUUGAUUGAAUUUAAACAAGAAAUGGCUGUAAAGGAAGAAGAAGAGAUACAAAAAUUAAUAGCAGAAAUGAACGAGUCAAGGGCAGAAAAGUUGGAGAAUGUCAGAUUCGAAUUAGGAGCUUGUUACGAUAAGGAAUAUAAGGAAAUUUUGACGAGUUUCAAGAGCGAACUUAAGGAAAAGAAAAACCAACUUCUUGAAUUGAGAAAUCAAGAAAUGGAGAAACUGGAGACCGAACACGAGCGUGAUCUAGGUGCAGAAAAAUUAGCGAAGUUUAGCGAAUUUGAAUUGAAUAAGCAACAAACGGAAAGGAUCGAGGAAUUGAAAAAAGGAUUGGACAAGGAGUUCGAUGAAAUUAAAGCUGAACUUAGAAUACAACAGAGGGAGAAAAUAACUAAGCUCACUGAGGAACAUGACAAGUGUCUUGCCGAAAUCCUGCGUGACUUUAGAAUCGACGAGGGUCUUGCACGUAAGAUGUACAAGCAACGAUUAGAGGAAAUUCGUGCUGAUUUUUCGCGUGACCUUGAGAAGGAAGCUAGAAAGCAGACCGAACGUACUCUACAACAGGAAUGCAUGGACUUCGAGAAAAUACGUUGCGAGAAACGUCUACUACAAGACAAGUAUAUAGCCUUGAAGGAGAAAUACAUCAAAUUGAAGAACGAUGUUAGGCUAACUGUCGAAAGAAGAAAUAAAAGCCGAGGUGGUGGUGGUGGUGGUUACACUACAGCAUCGGAAACUGAAAGAUCAAAAACUGAGAGAACUGAUUCAUCCGAUCAAAAUACCCCACUGAGGAGCACACAUUCAACGAGUUCGAUGGCAAACGCUAAGCCAACCGAUAUAAUUCGGACAACAACAACAACAGCAGCAGCAGGAACAACAGGAACAACAGGAAUAGGAACAAAUACGACAGCAACAACAGUAGGAGCAAACGACAAGAGUCAAAGUUUAAACGAAAGCGAGGAUUCGAAAAGCGCGGCCAAUAGGAGUAGCAGCAGCCAGGGGGGGUUUCGUGGCAUUGUUCAGACCAAUAGCGUGCCUUCUACGAAGAACGCCGCGAAAUUUGAAUCCGACGACACUACUACGGCGAGUGAAACUAACGCGAACACAAUGAGAAGGCGUAAAAGUCUUGGAAGAAAAAUUACGUCUAACAACAAACAACAAUUAAAUACUAAUCCAAAUAUUACCAGUGGCAGCAACAACAAUAAUAAUAAUAAUAUAGAAAAUCCCGUAGAAAAUAUCCGUAAACAAUUGGAAAAGCUCGAACAUCUUGGGGAUCAAUUGCCGAGCAACGAAACGGCCUACACUCUUCGAUAUCCUUUCCAGGAUAAAGCACCAGCAAAUGCGUCCUCGGAAUUGGAAUUCUUUCGGCAUCGGAUACACGUUGAAAGGGAUUCAGUGAGAAGGGCUAGAGAAGCAUGGAAACAACAGAGGAAUGCUUUCCAGGGUAGACAAAGGGCUUUGAAACAACGAAGUGCCAGAGCUACGUUAGAACAAUUAGUCCAGGAAGAACGUGAACUUUCUGACAUGGAGGUCAGUUUACAUCGUACGAGAAGUCUUUUAGGUGAAAAAGUAAUACACUUGAGACACUUGGAACAAUCUUUGGAAAGAGUAGCUAAUGCCAAAAGAAACGAAAACGAUGCUACAUCUACGAAAAACGACGAAUUGACCUUAAGCGAUAUGUCAAGCGCAAGUAGCGGAUUCAGUUCAACAGAUAUUGGAACUGAUACCUUUAUAGACAAACCAGAUCAUUAUCAAGAAUCGACAGAGAUAAUCGCCAAUUUGGAGAAUCUUAACUCAGAGAUACGUGAGAUUUGGAAUGUUUUAAAUAAACGUCAAGAUAGUAAUAAUAUACCACCACCUACUUUGAUGUAUUCGUAUUUAAGAUGGCUACGUCUUCAUCCAUUAACUGCUUCGACUAGUAAUAUACAAGGUACUUUCGGUACACCGAAUAUACAAUCAAACAUUUUGUCGCAAUUAACCGCAGCGCAACCACCAUCAACAACAACAACUCAAAACAUAAUCGCACAGUAUGGUCCUAACAGUGGUUUCACAACCAGCGUUGGAAAUACCGUAGAAAAAAGUUCAUCGAAUUUGGCUGAUAGAACAAGAAAUCUCAGGGAUUGGUUGAGACAAGCUCGUGUUGAAACAACUGAUAUGAUUGGCCCUGGACAAGCAACCCUCUAAACAAAAAUUUAAUACAAAAACACAACCAAGAAGAAUAUAAGAUAAUAUAUCAACUAUAAAAACAGUAGCGUAUUAAGUGGCUGUGUAGUGCCCCGAAAUACCAAAGAGUUUAAUUGUCAAAGAAAUUUUUGAGAUCUUAAAGGUUUUUCUUUUUAUUAGGGUUCGAGAAAAAUUACAUAUUAUAAAAAUAAAUUUAAUUAAUGCGUUCUAAGAUGAAAUUUGUUAUUACUUUUUCUUUUCGAUUGAUAACUACUUAACGGGAAUGUUUUUCAAACAUAUUUUUUUAUUCCAACUUAAGUUUGUGGGGCCCUCGAUUGACUUAAUCCGCCACUGUAUAUAACAAUAAGACUAAUGUCCUUCUUCCUCGUAUAUCUCUCUUAUCCGUAGCUGUGAAAUUCUUACUUAUUCUAUCGUUUAUCUCAAACAUAUUGAAUGAAGAAAUUGACAAAAAAUACGUUCUUGCUGACGAUUAGUUCCUCGACUAUUUAAAAAAAAAGAAAAAAAGAAAUAAACUAAUCAAAUCCUCUCUUAAAUUAGAUUAACGAAUUAGACGUGAUAUUUACCUGAAUUUAGUUUUCUCAAAUAAGGGUAAAAUUAUAUAUAAAUAUAUAUAUACUAUUUUACGAUUGAAAUAGUUGUAAAUCUGAUUAAAAUACACAUACACGUACACACAAAGAAACUUCCAUAAGCAAAGAUGACGAAAAGCAGACAAACUUUAUUGAAAUAAAAAAA